UUAUAGCACAUUCCAUAUAACCCCUGGCUUAGAUUCAUAUCCUUCCUCUGGACCUUUGUUACAUUUCAAACCCUUACCUCUCUUUCUUUUCUACACUGUGCUCUGUCACAUAAAGGUGAAACUGCAAACAAAUUCCUCUGUUAACAUCCCCCUCCCUUCCUUUGAUUCUCUCACCGCUAUUGAGCAGCAUGGGGUCAAAUUGAUUGGUAGCCAUGUGAAACGUGUUUUCUUGGCUGAAAGCUUUCCUUGUGUACAGGAGCUUCACUUCUUGGCAGGUAAGUAGUGUGGCAGUGUUGAAAAGCACCCCGUGUUCAGACAUCUGUCAAAAUAACUGGAUGACACAAAACGGAAACAAAUGGUGGAAAUAUUAGAUGUGACUGGAAGAUCUCUGCAUCGCAAUGAAUUGGCUACUGUAGAUGUGUCACAAGCAAGGCAGAUUCCACUUAUCAUCAGGAGUGAUGAAGAGCUUGUGUCAGUCUCUUGACCUCGUGGAUUCGUAUUGGUUUAAUUAUAGAGACUAUAAAUAAUCAACUUAUUAAAUUCUCUUCAUGCAAAAGCUUUUUUAAAUUUGCAUCAUGUGAAUCAUUAGGAUGUUUACGCAUGCUAAGACGACUAGAAGGCCUCCAUCCGGGAUUGACCACUAUCACAUUACUUUACAUUUGUUGGACAAUUGACAAUACUCCCUGUGGAAUUACUGAUGAUAUUCUUGGAAAACAGCAUGACUUUUGGUAGUUAUGGUCUGAGGAUCAAGUGGUCAAGGCAUUUUCAGGUGUCAGAUUAAUGCCUUAUUCAGCUUUUUAUAGAGAUUUGAUAUUCCAGAAGUUAUUUGUCACGUCUUUCCAAGUCCCCAAAAUAAAUGUCUUGGUCUCUGGCAAAGGGGAGGGUCGAGUCAAGUGCUAGGCUCAGUUUUGGUUGUGACAAGCUGUCAUAUCAACGUGCAUGCUGCUCCUGUUGCUGUUACUCUCUCUGAUGGCUCAGUGACUCCCCCCACCAGCACUGUGCAUAUCCAGUCUGAAUGGACCCUCCAGUUACCUGCCUGUCAUUUGGAUUUAGAUUCGGCAUUACCAGGAACCAAUGCAUGGAGUAAAAACUUUGGACUAACACAAUCCAGAUUGAGAAAUCAUUUUUCCUGAUGUAUUUGGAAAACUCCGAGCAAAGUAAGGUCCCCGGGGAGGGGGAGCCUUCUACUCGGGCCAUGAUUGCGGAACAAUGCCAGGUUCCAAAAUUAACAGAGGCUGCAGAUUUAACCAGCGCCUCAAAGGGAACUGCUGAACUUGGCACAGAGGUCCUUGUGGAAUAUACUGAGCAGACUGUUAUCAGCAAAGAAAUUGACCCUUCUAUCCUUUGCUUAGAACAUUGCAACAUGGAUAGAGAUGAGACUGAAUCCUAUUGCAACGGACACUCUGAAGGCUUUGAGCAAUACCCAGACCGAUUUUUUGAAUCCGACCAGGUCCUCAACCAGUGUGAGACUUCGGGGUUAAGCCAAUCAUUUGACGACUUUGAGUGUUUUAAACCUCUCAAGUCCUCUGAGCACUGUGAUAAUCAUAGCUUAGCUUCCAAGUGUACUUCUUGCUGUGAACACUGUGCAGAACACCUCCAAUUAUUUCAGCAAUGCAAGCCCUCUGACCAACAGUUGGAGGCUUUUGACUUUGAGCCAGAUAAAUUGGCAACGGACUGUGACAGUUUGGAGCAGUGUGAAAUGUCUGAUUUCAUACCUGAAUGCACAGAACACCUGGAGUUCCUUCAACAAUACGAGCCCUCAGAUCAGCAGAGUGAGUGCUUUGACUCGGAGCCAGACACAUCAGCAGAGGAUUCUGAGAAAUGUGAGAUGACUGUUGAUUUGACACCUGACAUCUCUGACUCCGUAGACUUAUUGGACUGUGGCACAGAACUUUGUGAGAACAAUGAAUGCACAAACGAUGAGGAUGAGGAGAGGUGUCUACCUAAACAAGACGACGAGCAAUAUGAAACGGAGACUAAUGAUGAUGAGUCCUCCACAUUAUCAGAGGAUUCAAAUUCCUCUGAUAAUGACACACCAGCAGAUGCUUAUUUUAAUGAUUUUGAAAAUGUUGGCCUUGCAAGCGAAUGUUGUGAGGUUCAACAGCUCACUGAAGACAACUCUCUCCAGGACUCUGCACUAGACAUGUCCACAGAUCACUCUGAAAUGUGUGACACGGAUUACUCUGAAACAAAUCAACAAUGUGCUUCAUCAACGCAGUGUACAGAUCAGUUUGGCACCGAAGAUGAUUCUUCAGAUUGCUCUUCUAUUGGAACCAAAUCCUUUAAGACUUGUCCGGAUAGCAGCAUUCCAUUAAAUCAAUGCUCUGAUUUAUCUGAGGAAUCCGAAAAAGAAGCUCAGGAAGAUGAUGGAGAUUAUGAAGACGAAGGAAGUGAUGAACAAACACUGUGGGAAUCCUUUGAAGAUGAGGAAGAAAUGGAGCAGAUAAAUAUUAAUGAAAUUAAUGAAGAUAAUAAGAAAACACCCACUGCUGAUAUCGUUAUUGAGGACUACUUCGACUUGUUUGACAGUGGCGACUAUUACGGAAACGUGUUUGCAAAAAAGCAACGAUACAUCUCGUGCUUUGAUGGCGGAGAUAUCCACGACCGCCUCCACUUUGAAGAAGUGACAUCUGAGGCACAGACACCUGCCAAAAAGAAAUACAGAUCUAAAGAAAUCAAGGAGGAAAUGAAUGUCCAGGAAACUGAUACGUGUUUUGAUGCUUCUGACGAACAAGAAUAUGAUGAUAGCUCUGAGGAAGAUGCAAAUCAGAGAGAUGACGCGUCUUCUGGGUCAGAGGAACAACCAGAAUACUGGAGUGUAGAAUCAGAAUCAAGUUUAGCAGGGGAUGAAAAUGACGAAAAUAAAUUGGAAGAUGAUGAUGAUCUUUAUGCAGAGAACAAUGAAGACGAAGAGUAUGAUGAGAAUCUCUGUAAUAAUGAUGAAACUGAGGUCUGCUUGCUCUCUGGUAAUGAGGAUAAUAUGAGUGCGCCAUGUUCAGAGGACAUCUCUGUGGAAGGUGAUGCUUAUGAAGAUGAAGCCUCUGUUGCUCAAAAUAAGGAAUGUCCUUAUACCGUUGGACAUUUACAGACAGUAAUGGUUACAGAGCCUGAGGAAAUUCUUAUGGCAUGUUCAGAAAUGGAACCAUAUUGGUCACUCGUAAAUCAGGAGGAAAAUGAAGAAAUGUUUGAGUCAGGUAUUGAGGAUUAUUACGCAUUUCAGAUUUAUAGCAUACAGACAUCUGUUAAUCAAGCCCUAAAUGGAUUUAUUAUGGAAUCGUUUGAUCAAAUCCAUGGGUAUGCUUCAUGGAUUGAAGGAGAUGCGCUUUUGUCCCUGAAAGAGGCUGAGUUACGAGUAAACCCUGGGGAGCUCAAAGCAGUCGGUCUUGUAAUUACUGAAGUUAUUGAACUGAGUGAGGAUUUAGCAAACUGCUGUGUUGUUGAAAAAACAUCUGAUGAACUCUCCUCAGAAUCAGGCGAGGACUGUGGAUACAAUGAGAUUUCAAGAGUAAUCCAACCUACUUUAGAUAUUAUUCACAGUGUUUCACGACUUGUGAGAAAGGAUGACACGCAGGUGAGAAGGACUGAGGAAAAUGAGGCCUCCGAAGAAAGCACGGAUUUAGAAGAGGAGCAGAGUGACGAUGAAUCCUCUGAGCCUUGUGAAUGCGAGUACUGCAUUCCACCAAUAGAGGAGGUUCCAGCUCAACCGCUGCUCCCACGGAUGCAAUUGAAUGAUGCAGGGAAGAUCUGUGUGGUCAUUGAUUUGGAUGAAACACUAGUGCAUAGCUCAUUUAAGCCAGUGAACAAUGCUGAUUUUAUCAUUCCAGUGGAAAUUGAUGGAACAGUUCACCAGGUGUAUGUGUUAAAGAGACCCCAUGUUGACGAAUUCCUCAAGAGGAUGGGAGAAUUGUUCGAGUGCGUCUUGUUCACCGCAAGCUUAUCCAAGUACGCGGAUCCUGUGUCGGACCUUUUGGAUAAGUGGGGGGCCUUCAGGUACCGUCUGUUCCGGGAGUCCUGUGUCUUCCACAAAGGGAACUACGUGAAAGACCUGAGCCGUAUAGGGAGAGACCUCAACAAGGUCAUCAUCAUCGAUAACUCCCCCGCCUCCUAUGUCUUCCAUCCUGACAACGCAGUUCCCGUAGCGUCCUGGUUUGAUGACAUGUCAGACACCGAGCUCCUCGAUCUGAUCCCCUUCUUUGAGAGACUUAGCAAAGUGGAAGACGUCUACGAAGUUCUCCAGCAGCAGAGCGCUUCGAGUUAACAGAGGCAGGACAAUAGGAUAAAUAUUAUCACCAGCGGCUGUCGUCACGGGGGCCACGGAGGCUGGUGGGCCACUGGCUCCACGCUGCUUCCAACUACAAGGACCACACUGCAAAAAAUGCCUCUCAUUUAAUCUCGUAUUCUUCCAGGAUAUCACACAAAAGAGUGAAAGCAAUCUUCCAGCGGGGGUUUGAUACUUCUGUAUUGAAAGUAAUCCAAAGAUUCCUUCCUUUUUUGGUGAUAAAGACUGAGUAUGAGAUUGAAUGACUUCUGUAGAUGUAUUUUGCAGUGCAGCUAGUGUGUUGCUGUUGUCGUAAUGUGGCAGCAGCGACAUGUGUUAGUGUGCUGUAGAUUUUGUGAGCAGUUGUUCAGUGCCAUUCUACAAACCAACCAUCCUUUUCAUUUCAGUAUCGCAUCUAAUAGUAUUUAAAAUGAGUCCUUGGAAGACUUGCUUCCUUCCCCUUUUUUCUUCUGCCUAGCGGGCCGAAUGUAGUAAAAGACAAUCGUUAACUUUAGGGAUUCUUGGCAAUUUCUAUCAAAUGUUGUGGCACAUUUCACUACAUAACACCUUUUCAAACGUGCUUUAAAUACUUUGCACUUCCUGUAUGUAUGUGGUGUGAUUAUGUUGGUCUAAGGUUGCUAAGUGAAGCGAUGUUGACAAAAAAAAAUCGGAUUUAUGACUCAAUAAUCUCAGAGAAUACUAAAGUGCAUUUUUCAUGAAUUUGUGAUUUACCCGUUUUUUAUCGUACAUUUCCCACUUUGACCUCAGAGUUUUUUCUCUGAAUAUAACCCCUCCCCCCAUCUCUUUACUAUUUUUUAAAUGUAUUUAUUCACCUAUUAUGGCCUUAACGCAGUAAUAAUUUUCAUUCGCAAUUGUCUUUCAAAAACACACAAUAAACUACAGCGUUUGCCUUUAAAUGAUGUGAAAAUGGAAGCGUUAUCGAAUCCACUGCCACUACAUGCUACAUGACUCUUAAGCUUUAUUUACUAAAUUCUGAUAUGUCUGGCAUCUAAUAAUUAAUGUGUAUUAACCCUUUGAUAUGUUGUUUUUUGCCCAGUCCAGCAACAGAAUAUCCUUAUUGUAUUAUUCAUUAGUUAACAUCCUACUUGAAAACCAAGAAAUCUUGAACAAAGCUGGUUUUUGGAAGGUUCUGGAAUAACCUUCAGUAAACUCCCGACUCCAGAAAUGGUGAUAUUAUUUUUGUAUAUGAAAUGCAAAUAUCCGGAUUUUAGCAAUCCUUUUAAUUUGUUUUGAAGUUGUUUUAACUAAUGUUAUUCUAUUUUUUAAAGUUCUCGGAAUACGCCUCCUUAGUGUGCGGCCCAUCAACAAUUGCAAUCCAGUUAAUGUGUGCAGUCGGGCGCUUUAUUUGAAACUUUUUUGUGUAAGACAUAAUUAAUUGGAUAUCUUUUGCCUUAUCGAGCUGUAAAUACAGGUUCAGAUGGAAACUUGUCAGACAUGUUGGCUCUGUCCUGAUUUGCUUUCCCUCAGUCUGGAGCGAGUGUGUAUAUUUGUAUGUGUGGAUUUCAGUGUGGCUGCGUCAGUGUGAUUAUUUACAUCUGUUUAAGAUUUACACAAAAAAAAGAUUCUUUGACAUGAAAAAAAAUAACCUGUCUUUAAAUGAUGAUUUAACUUUUUUACUGUAUGCAACAAGAGUAUUAACGUUGUGACUCGAGUAAAGGAGAGUUUUUAAAUUGCUGCUGAUCGUUGUUAGGAUUGAAACAAAAGGACAAGUAGAGAUAUUUUUACCUUGCAUCAAUAAAGCAUGUUUUAUUGAAACAGGUCAUAUUUCACCACAGUAGUUUUUUUUUUUUUCUUACAUCCCAAACACGACAUGGCAGAGGUGGAAACAAGGCAAAUGGAAUAUGGAACAUAUUUUAUAUGAAAACAGCUAUCAUUCUCAGUUAAGUUGAAGUAUUAUACCCACUCCAUAAUAAAAUCAGCAUUCCCUGAUUAACAGUCAAGGUUAUCAAGUAAUUUGUUUAACUAUUUAUGUUCUAAAUUACCUCAUCUUUGGCCCAAUGUAUUUACAUUACAAGCCCCUUGCUGCGUGACAAAAUCCUCUUCAUUCGAACUUUUCAUCAAAACAUUAAAAAACGAUUUGUAUACAAUUUAUAAACGAUGAAAGAGAUGUUUUAUUUAAUGGAUCCCACUGGAGAGAAUUAGGACAACUUGACAUUUUUGGGGGAUCUGACAAAAGUUCAUUUAUUUUUAGAAUUAGAAGAAAAAUCAGGAUUUUGAGAAAAAAAGUCAGAAUCCUGAGAUUAAAGUCAGAAUCCUGAGAUUAAAGUCAGAAUCCUGAGAUUAAAGUCAGUAUUGAGAUUAAAGUCAGCAUUUUUAGAAAAAAAAACAUUCUCCCAGGAAAUAAAAAUUGAAAUAAUCUAACAAUUGUUCCUCCGAAAUCUGACUUUAAUCGCAGAACUUCAGGAAAAAAAAUCACUUUUUGUUAGAUUUUAAAAUAGGUUUAACAUGUGGCCCUAAUCCUCUUCCCUAUUCUGAGAAUCUGUUUUUAAAAUCUAAAUGAAUUAUGAAUAAAUAUACUAACUUUGGGUUUCUUAUGUGGUAAUACUGAAGACUUAAAAUCUGGGUCUCUGUCAAAACAGCCACACAACACUAUUGAAGUAUAUUAUAUACACUGAGAGCAAAUCAGAUGAUAUUUCAUAAUAAACUAUGGUUAUAGAUGUGUCAAAGGACCAGAAUCGCCUCUGAAACAAAAACAUAAGUUCAU